GUACAGUGGGAGGGGACCUGCGGUUGUCUUUGAACCCGGUCCAGUGAUUUCCGUCAGUCAGUCAGUCAGUCAGUGAGACUCUGCCUACCUACCGGCUCAUCCACCGCGGCACCAGCAGCUCCUCUCACCGCGCUACAGCCAUGAAAAUCUGGACAUCGGAGCACAUAUUCAACCAUCCUUGGGAGACGGUGACCAAGGCUGCCAUGCAGAAGUAUCCCAACCCCAUGAACCCCAGUGUGAUCGGAGUGGAUGUUUUGGACCGAGACGUCGACAAACAGGGACGCCUCCACAGUAAAAGACUGCUGAGCACAGAGUGGGGUCUUCCAUCUAUAGUGAAAUCUAUCAUUGGCAACGCACGAACAUACACAUAUGUUCAGGAGCACUCGGUCGUGGACCCCAAAGAGAAAAUGUUUGAACUUCAGUCCACUAAUAUCACCUUCACAAACAUGGUGUCUGUGGAUGAGAAGCUAACGUACAAACCUCACCCCGAGGAUCCAGAGAAAACGGUGCUGACUCAGGAGGCUAUCAUCUCUGUGAAAGGAGUCAGUCUCAGCAGUUACCUGGAGGGAGUUAUGGCCAGCACCAUCUCUGCUAACGCUGGAAAGGGCCGUGAAGCCAUGGAGUGGGUGAUCAGGCGGCUGAACGCAGAGAUCGAGGAGCUGGCAGCCACAGCACGUGGGACCAUACGGACCCCGAUGGCCGCCGCCGUCACUGAGAAAUGACACCUGCCUCUAUGAUCCAACAGAGUCAGCACAACACAAGCAGCCUCCCUUUAUGAUGCUCAUGCUGUUUUGGUGCUCUGGGUUUUUGUAUUAUUUAACUCCUACAUCUCAUACACUUUACUAUCUACAUUAGAUAUAUUUUACAGCAGGCGGCAUCAUGAAGGGACUCUGUGAUGUGUUUUGUGAUGAGAGACUUGGGGAGGAAACGUGGGUGGUGCACUCAGGGACAACUUUAACCAACACUGUUAUCUGUGUGUUUGGAAACGUGUAGCACUGGCAGAGAUGUAUCAGAGGCACUGGACGAACAGAAAACACACAAGAAAAGUGCCAAAGGAGACACGCUGCUUUUGGUCCGGCCUCUUUAAAAACCUUUGCCAGCCGUGUUUCCAUCUGACCUCAGAAUGCCAGGAGGUCGUGCCAGAGGCAUGAACUCUGUGUUUACAGUGACAGAGUUAUGGAGCAGUAAACAGUGUAGGAGUGACAGCGAGGAGCGCUCCUGUUCAGAUACGACAGCAGAGAACACUGGCGGGUCGAGACAGGAGUCGAGUGCAUGGGGUGUGACGGGUACAUGGAAGUGGUUUUAGGUGUGGGAGUGGACGGUGGGUUAUCACAGCCACUGACAGUGAGACGUUAAUGAAAUGUUUCCCUGCCAGCUUUAGUUGUGUUAGAGCCAUCUCUUCAAUGUUUUCUUGCGGGACCUCAGUGAUAACAAGAUGCUCUGUACCAGGCCAUGUUCGUACACAAGCCUGAAUGGAAACCAUGUUUUGUUACUAUGUCAAAACUAACAUUGUUAUUAAGGUAUUUAAGUGAAAUGAAGGGAUCAGAGUUUUUGCCAUAUUUAUGUUUUCGAUGACUUUAUGUUCAAGACCUUCGCAAAUGCUGCUGUACAAACAGUAAAAACCUGUUUCCUCCAGUUUCACUGAUGCGUGGAAAUCGUCCCUCAGUUAUAACCGAGUCCUCUCAGCGUGUGCUGUCAGUGUAAAGGCUGAGACCUUUACACUGACUUUUAUUUGCACUUAGAAAAUAACAGAUUUUAACAAAGAAAAGCUGCUGCACACGCUGAGGGAGCCGAUCUUAGUUUGGUAUUACUGUUUGAGAUUAAAUGUGGUCACACUGCAUGUGAGAAGGUCUUCAUAUAACAGACAGCAGUUUGGUGAAAGAGAACACUUUAGUUUCUUUAACGUGUUUGUAUUUUUUAUUUAUUUAAACAGUUUGUUCUGGAGGAGUGAGUUGUGGCUCAAGUUGACCGUUGAGAAAUGUGAUAUCACAUCCUUAGUUAUAAACUGUAACUUACACAUUUUGUCUGGGUGCCUCUGAAAAAGAAGUGCUCUCACCAUUACAGAAUGUGGCAGUAAAUAAAAUAUUUAUCCUGUUUAAUAGAAGAUCUUUGCCAGUAAUUCUUCAAAUUGAGUUGACCCUGGAAUAAACCAGACUUUUUUUCCGAUGUUCUGAAAAUUAAAUGUUCUGUUUUUGAAUUUGAAUUCAAUGAACAUGAAGUGGAGACAAAUGAAUAGUUAUUUUAUUUUCAAGUAGUAAAAUGACCUGUUGUGAAAAUGUCCAGUGUUGUCUAGUCCAUUCUGUUAAAACAGCUUGAUGCUCACUGAAUGUCUGCAUUCCAGAAGUCACUGUACAGUAAGAGUAUGAAGGUUUUUCAGGAGUCUAAACACUGAAGCAGUUAGUCUCUAUACUGUAUAAACACCGAGGUGUGGGCCAGCACAGCUGCAUUCUUCUGACAUUGGUCAGUUGUAGGUUGCAUGGGUGUUGAUAUGGAGGAGCCUCGUGCUGCCACACUGUGGCCAAAUACUGGACCUCCAGCCUCAUCUCGAUAAGAAGGAUGUAAAGGUCAAUUUUUGUCCUGACAAAAGUGAAGUUAAUAAAAUGUCACUGUUUUUAAGUUAGUCUGGAAAAAAGUGUGAAAUGCAUCAUUUAAAAUAAAGUUGUUAAUUAUUA